UACCAGAAAGACCCUAACAGACCUGUCCUGGACAGAGAAAGGCUUUACGGGGACCUGAGGAACCAGACAUAUGGCAUCUCCAUGCUGGGCCCCUACUGCCUUGCUAAGGACAGUCUCUAUCUCAAUGCUCUAGGGUCAGGGACUGCAUCCUCAUCUGCAACCUCUCUGGAGCCCACAAAGCCUGGAGGCUCCUCAGCUCCUGCAUCAACUGCAUUUACCCCAGAAGCAUCUCUCGUUCCUUCCCUCACCACAGCCACUGGCCACAGCCUGGAAGCUUUCACACUGAACUUCACCACCACCAACCUGCUCUACACAACAGAUGUGGAAAACACUGGUUCCAGUAAAUUCAGCACCACAGAGAAAAUGCUGCAGCACCUGGAAUAGCAGCACUGGCUCCCUCUAGUCUGAAUGCAGAGUGACAUCUUUGAGCUGUAAGAAGCAACAGGAAUGAAUGCUGUGUGCCUCCACUGGAGAGAACCCAGUGUCCUCUUUCUGGACAGAGAGAGGGUUUAUUGUGAGCUGAGCAAACUGAGAAAUGGAAUCACCAGACUUGGCCCCUACAUCUUGGAUAAGAACAGUCUCUACGUCAAUGGUGAGCAGCCUGUCUCUCCCCAGUCCAUCUUUGUAUAAUCCUAGUACUAACCUCUUUUCCUAUUGUCCUCAAUUUAUUCAGUCCCUCGCCUCCCCUUGAACCUUUUCUUCUCAUUCUUCCUUUGUUUAGCCAACUACAUA